AUGCCUGAUGCCUCCAAGACUCCCAAUGCGAGGAGCCAUGGACAGCUCCUGAGCUGCCGCACCUGUAACCUAUACCUGUACUUUUACCCUGAGCCGAGCUUAAUAAAAGACACACUACUGCUACUGACUCUACUCUUGAAGAUGCAGCCACAAGGCAAGAAGCGAACUGCCAAAGCUAACCAGCUAGCUAGCAAGCACACUGUCAGAAAGACAAGACCGUACAGCAGACCGUACAGCAGCAGGUACCCUCUGGUACAACAGGCACCACAUGCAGGGAAGCAUCCCAGCCAGCCUCAAGUAUGUCAAGUACUACAAGUGUACUGUAUGCUCACUAAAAGAGAGCUUCUUUAA